ACAAAUACAUUUGUGCAUAUAUACAUAUUUUGUACCUUAUUCUCUGCCGAAAAACCCAUGAAAAAUCCCAAUUUUUAUGGACCUUGAUAAAUUGAGCAAUUAGAUUUUUCAAAAAUUAAACAAUCUCGAAAUGCAGCCGGCGAGGGCAUAAGUAUAGGUAUCUCAAAUAGUUGGCUAUGAAUUACUUUUUGUCUCCUUUUUAAAAAAAUGUUCUGUUUUUCAACAAAGCGUCCAUUAGUAAAUGACGUAGCUUGUAAUUUAAAUGCCGGAUUUUUUAUUGUCAAAAUUUUAAAUUAAGUUUUUAAAUCUUUUCGUGAUAAUUAUUCAAUACGAUGAGUAAAGGAGCAGCUGCAGCUGGCGCACCUGCUGGUGGCGGGGGAUCGGGAAAUACUCCAGAUGUAGUCAUCGCCAAAUUAUUAGAUAGAAAAAAUUUCUCUUUUUAUAAAGAUUUGCAAAACAUCGAAUGUAAAGCUCCUACGAAUUUUGACGCCAAAUGCGUUUUAAAAGCUAACGAAAUAAUUUGGUUAUGUGAAAAAGUCAGAGAAAUCGUAUCGAUGGAACCUUCUCUCGCAGAUUUAUCCGCCCCCGUAAUGAUAGUCGGCGAUAUACACGGACAGUUCAGAGAUUUGCUUCUCGUAUUGGACUGCAUUAAAACGCCUCCUACGAUGAAUUUUCUAUUUCUCGGCGAUUACGUUGACAGAGGUGAAUAUUCGUUGGAAUGCAUAAGCCUCUUGCUGGCCUACAAAAUCAAAUACCCGAAACAAGUCGUUAUGCUGAGGGGUAAUCACGAAUGUGCCAGUUCCACAAGGGCUUACGGAUUUUACGCCGAAUGCAACGUUAGGUUCAAAGGAGCAGAUUUAUGGCAAUAUUUCAUGAAACUUUUCAACAUGUUGCCGGUGGCAGCCACGGUGGCCGACUCAAAAAUCCUUUGCAUGCACGGGGGAAUCAGUCCAGAUUUACAUACUUUCGAAGAUAUUAAAAAAAUCAAACGACCAUCCGAUAUUCCCCCGAAAGGUUUACUUACCGAUUUAUUAUGGGCCGAUCCCGAUAAAGACGAAGAAGGUUGGAAUCCAAAUAUUGACCGAGGAAUUUCAUUCACUUUUGGCGCCGAUGUUGUUUCGAAAUUUACAAAAAAACAUGAUUUAGCAUGCAUCGUUAGAGCUCACCAGGUAGUUAAAAAUGGAUUCGAAUUUUUCGCCAAAAGAAAGUUAUGUACGUUAUUUACUGCUCCUAAUUAUUGCGGAGUAUUUAAAAAUGAUGGAGCAUGUAUGAAAGUCGAACCUCCUCUAAAUAUCACGAUAAUUCGAUUAUUUUUCAAGCAUAAAGAAAACCCCGAUACGAAAAAACGUUGUGAAAGUUUACCGGUGAAAAUAUCCGGUGAAUAACCGGCAUCUGGAUUUACGGUUUUGUGAGUUGCUAUUCGUAUUUUUCGAAAAAAAUUCGUAACUUUUGUAUCGAUUUUGGUUUCAAAAUGUAUUUUAAAAUAUAUAAAAAUGUGCGCAACGCUGA